AUGACUGCUUCAGCUAUAGCCAUCCUCCUCAUCUUUCUUACCUUCCUCUGGUCUCUCAUACAGAGGCCGAGACACCGGAAGCCUCCUGGUCCUUGGGCGCUGCCAGUCAUUGGUAAUCUCCAUAUGUUAGGCAACCUCCCACACCGCAGCCUCCGAGACUUGGCCAAAAAAUAUGGACCCAUAAUGUCCAUGCGUCUAUGCACCAAAACCACCAUAGUGGUCUCAUCCCCUGAAGCUGCAGAGUUAUUCUUGAAAUCCCAUGACAGCAUUUUUGCCAGCCGCCCCAAAGUCCAAUCCACCGACUACUUGUUUUACUGCACAAAGGACAUGGCUUUCAGUGAAUAUGGUCCGUACUGGUGGCAUAUGAGGAAGUUGUGCACGCUGCAACUUCUUUAUCCAUCAAAGAUUGAGACUUUUGCUCCAUUGAGGAGGGAAGAGGUGGGUUUGUUGGUUGAGUCGCUGAAGAAAGCUGUAGCGGAGGGCCAAGUGGUGGAUCUUAGUGAGGAGGUCGGUGAGCUGAUUGAGGACAUAACGUAUAGGAUGGUGUUGGGGAGCAAAAAUGAUGAUACGUUUGAUGUGAAGGGAAUUAUUGAGGAGAUGAUGUUGUUGUUAGGGGCAGUCAACAUUGGUGACUAUUUGCCUUUCCUCAGUCCAUUCGAUUUUCAGGGAUUGACCAAGCGCAUGAAGAGACUUAGCAAGACAAUCGACCAACUUUUAGAGAAGAUAAUUGGGGAACACCAAGAAGUUUCUAAGAGUGGGCAAGCACACCAAGGCCAUCAUCACAAGGACUUUGUGGACGUGAUGCUUUCGUUAAUGCACCAACCAUUGAAUCCCAACGAUGAGCAAGUCUACAUGAUUGACCGCACAAAUGUGAAGGCCAUCUUACUAGACAUGAUUUCGGGUGCCUUCGAUACGUCAGCUACCGCCAUAGUUUGGACCCUCGCUGAACUCCUGAGGCAUCCGAGGGUAAUGAAGCAUCUCCAGCAAGAGCUCUAG